CAAGGAACUACAGAAGCAGGAACCUGGAGUUUAAAUGAAUGGCGAGUCAAUGAAAUGUCCUCCUUUGGAGUUUUAUAUUAUUUUCUUGCUGUUUUCAUUUCUGGAGCCUUUGACAAAGCUCUAACAGCAGUGAUCCAAACACAGCAGACUGUGCUGGCAGCAGUGGGAGAAGAUGCUGAAUUCAGCUGUCAGCUCUUGGACACUAAAGACGUCGUUCAGGUCACAUGGCAGAAAGUCACUACUGGGAAGAAGAAUGUCGCCACCUACAGCAACUACUUUGGUCAGAGAGUGAAUGAUGGCUUUACAGAUAAAGUUGGGUUUAAAUACACUGGACUACAGAACUGCUCCAUAGUCAUCAGGAAUGUAACGGAUCAGGAUGAAGGAUGCUAUCACUGUCUGUUUAUCACUUAUCCUGAAGGAGCUCUGACAGGUAGACCCUGCCUCCAAGUCUAUGAGCUGCAUGAACCUGUUGUUGAUGUCAGAGAGUCAAACUCUACUGAAGAGUGGGUUGUUUCCUGUUCAGCCACUGGUCGACCUGCUCCCACUGUAACACUCAGUGUCUCACAACAAGACCUCAGCUUCUCACAGUACAACACUGUCAGUGUGUCCAACACCAACGCUACAUUCACUGUCACCACUACAGCUGUGCUCUCAGGUUCACGUAAACACAGCACACAGGUGGGAUGUGCAGCACGAGUGCUCUCUGCUCCUCACAGAGAGGUGAUGGUGACGAUUCCUCAUGAUGAUGAUGAUGAUGGUUUGGAUGAGAAAUCUAAUCACAUAAAUUCCGGAUCCAGGACCUUAGUCAUUCUAUCCUCUGCUGCGUUGUUGUUUGCCUGUGUUUCUGCACUCAUCUCUGUAUGGCUUAGAAAGAAAUCUCAGAGCAGUCAGUCACAUCGGCCGGUUGAGAUGAAUGACAUGGCUACCUGAAGCUACAGUGAGAGAUACUCAGGAGACUAAAACAUCUUCAGGUAAACAACGUGAUAGUCCGCGCAAAAAGCGAAUGCCUGCUGACACCACAUGAUGAUCUGGGGGCCUUUGAGUGAUGAAAUGUUUCUCCCACAAAACACUACGUCCAGAUGAACAGAAUCAACUUUUGGAAAUUCAUUUGCAAUAGCAUCAAAACUGCAGUUUGACAGAUUUUUGCUUUUUUUGUUUACUUUUUGCUUUUUUUUUUAUUAAGAAGAGUGUAUUUUCUAAAACAAUGGUGCUAAUUUGACAAAUAACUGCACUAACGUUGCACUAAAGAAAAUGGUAAUUGUUACAGGGAAAUUGCAGUUUUUAUAUCAUCACUUUGUGCUAUAUAUUUAUAGCAUAUUUAUUUUUUCACCAGUUUUUAAUGUUGUUAUACCUUUUUAUAUUUGGAAAGACGAGACCAUGUUGUCCCUUAACAAGACGUUCUGAUUGCAAAGCACUAAAAUGUGUUGCACUGAAACAUUUGCAAACCGUUAAAUAAUAUUAUUGUCCUGUACAUUUCAAUUUUCUUGUACUUGGUGCUGUU